UUUCUCCAGUGAACCAGUGAAAAACUAGUUCUGCAGUGUGCAUUUCCUCGUUUUCGGGCCUCUACAAUUCAUAAAAUCGCACCGUAAAACAACGCUAGCUCACACCUUCACUGGUGAGUUGGUUUCCUUCCCUAACCUAAAGACCGCCAAGGAGCUGCAAUUGCACCGAGCGAGCUAAGCAAUGGAAGAAAUUUUGCACGCGCUUCAGUCGACUUCGAGUGGUGCUGAACGAAAGUGAGAGUUGUUACACAAAUCUCAACCUUGUCCUCGUCGGUCAAAAUUCAAACACACAGGAUGAAAAUAGAGUAUCGCACACUCGAGACGGAGCUGAAUGAACGUCUGGAUACAUUUUUCUGUAAGAAAAAUUCCCUAAUCGAAGUUAACCCGGGAGGAGUUCUGAUGCCAACCAAGUUCCAGGAAAUUGGCGAAGAUAUUUUAAACUUGGAAAUACGCAAGGACGAUGUCUGGUUGCUGUCCUAUCCCAGAACGGGGUCCACCUGGGCCCAGGAGAUGGUUUGGUUGCUGGGUAACAAUCUGGACUACGAAGGAGCUAAAAACAUCCAGCAGGUCAGGACGCCCUUGCUGGAACUUUCAGCCAUAUUUUCCGAAGAUCAAAGCGUUGAAGAUUUUGUAACCAAACACGAAAAGGUCAACUCGGUAACGUGCGUUCGAAAUCUACCGAGUCCCCGAUACGUCAAGUGCCAUCUACCGUGGCAACUGCUGCCAACUCAGAUGGAUGUUGUUCGCCCCAAAAUGAUCUACAUAGCAAGAAAUCCGAAAGAUCUGGCCGUUUCGUACUACUACUACUGUCAACUGAUCCAUCAGACGGGCGGCAGUUUCGAGGACUUCUGUGACAUCUUUCUUGCCGAUCAAGCCCCCGCAGGACCGAUGUGGGCCCACAUGCUGGGUUUCUGGCAACGUCGUAAUCAAUCAAAUAUUUUAUUCCUGAAGUACGAGGAUAUGAAACGUAAUCUACCGGUGGUGAUUCGGGACUGUGCACGCUUUAUGAACAUUGGCCGAGAGUUGACGGAGUUGGAAGUUCGGCGAUUGUGCGAUCAUCUACAGUUCGAUCGUAUGCAGAGUAAUCCGGCCGUCAACAUGGAACCACUGAUGCAGAACUCCGCUCAAAUUGACACCAAUGGAAGUGUGAAAUUUAUCCGGAAAGGUGCUAUCGGAGAUUGGAAGAAUCACAUGAGUGGUGAACUGUCGAAGCGGUUCGAUGCCUGGAUCGGCAAGCACUUUGACGGAACUGGAUUGGAGUUCCAGUACGAGUAACGGUCAUUUAAUUAUGCUUCCAACCUGUUUGAGAGCAGCAGGAAGAGUUGCGACCGGAGUAAAAUCCAGC